AUGGUCGUGCGCAUCACACUCUGGCUUGCCCCGCCCGCUACCGCUGUCUUCACCGGCCCUAACAGUCAGAGCGGUCGAGGACAGACACUUUGUUUCCACCUCCUCCACCUAAACCCCUGGACACUCUUCUUCUUCCUCAAGUUAAGAGUCUUGGGUUGUCUUCCGGGCGACCCAACCAAUCUAGUCACACUGGCUACUCAAACUCUCCCCGCUCUCCAAGCCCCCCAUAACCAUUUCCCCCGUCGCUUUGAGCAGUCGUUGACUCCUCCAUACAACAACGACCCAAAGUCAGACCCCCAAUGGUCGGGUCAGGGCGGCCAAGGGGGCUCUGACGCUGCCUUUUCCAUGUUGAACAACCCGACAGGAGGAUCUCGCUCAGAGCAAACAACUCCUCAGAUGUCGCCAGUUCAAUCCUAUCCUCCGAUGCAGCCGCCGUAUCGGAGUCCGCGUGAAGGACCAGCAAACCCGCCCCUUUCGCUGCCGCCUCUCCGCCAGCUUUCUCGGACGCCGCCCACUCCCUCUAAUCAAAGACACGGAAACUCUUUUGGAGUUCACUCCAUGCUCAACCCCCAGGCCGACCUAAUCGAACAGCAGCGAGCUCAAAGGCGCAGUGUGUCCCAAAUGGAUUCUCCUUCUCCAGUGGAAACGCACCACUCACAGAGUCUGCCUUCCAUCAGUCGACCAAACAGCGUCGACUCAACCCAGUCAACACGAGGCGAGCAAAACCCUCCCAGGCUCUUCCAGCCCCCCGGAAGGCCACCAAUGCGUCCAAUGGGGUCUGAAAAGGGCCUCCGGACUCAUAGUCUGGGCAGACUAAACCCUCCAACAGGCACUAUCGAUGCCCACCAGUCGCCCUUCUUGACCGCGAGUACACGCCCGUCUGAAACCAUGGCAUCACAGCCGGCGCUACCUACUCCCCCAGCAGGAGGCCGAAUGCACUACUUCCCACCUACAGCCCCGACUCCUCCGCCGAACAUGAUCCGCACCGACAUGCGCCGGCCUAGUGUGAACUUUCAGCAAUCGGGUAGUGCUAGCCCGAUUACACAGUACUCCCCAUAUAGCCAGCCAGCUUCCGUGGCAUCGAGUCAGUACGAUAACCACAGCAACCAAGGACAUUACGGGCCUGGACCUGUGCCUACUUCAACACACGAUUCACACCAGGGGUCUGUUUCUAUGGAUAGCGAACGCAACAGCAUGAUCGCCAUGGCUCCUUCGGCUCAAAGCAGCAUCCAGCUCAUGACUAUCAAGAGCCACAACGGACCCCCUCGUCAGAUACCCGUCGAGACACAGACGGCGUCUAAGGGUGCCGAUGAGAAAAGGAGGCGCAACGCUGGUGCAUCUGCACGGUUCCGCGCUCGGCGCAAGGAGAAGGAACGGGAGGCUUCGAUGAGCAUUUCUAGACUGGAACAAAAUGUCCGCGAUUCGACCGAGGAUGCCGAGUACUAUCGAAGCGAAAGAGACUACUGGCGAUCUAUCGCAAUGCAAGAGCAUCCCGAAAGGCACUACGCCCGGCCACCGUCUCCUCGCUUGAGGCGCCUCUCAGUAGCACCAUCACGCGCACCAUCGUCUACCACUGGCCAUGGAUCGGAAGCCUCCUAUGAUGAUUACGAGGAUGAUAACCGCGAGGAGGAGCGUAAUGUCCGAAGGAGGACCAGUAGCUACCAUCCAGCAGCUGGACCUCAUCAGACCGAUACAUCCACACCUAGCCAUGACGCACACGGUUAUCCUGUACCUACUUUCCCACCAGUGAAUCACCAGCCAGGACAAAACACUUCCCAGCCUCGUCAGAGCCUGCAACAUCAACGGGAUCAGUCCUCGGGUCUUCAACAGCCUACGCCAGAACGACCCGCUUAUCGCGAUCCUUUUGUCCCAGAAGCCGGUCGCUACGAGCACCGGAACUGGGCUCCAGAGCAGAACGCAGGCCGAAGACACUAAUUUGGCAUCGUCACAGCCUGCUGCUUCAGCUCUAUCUCACUCUCUUUACUACAUACAUCACAAAGCAUGCAUCCAUGACGGAUGUCACAUAUCUGCAGGGAUGGUUGUUUCAAGCUUUUACAGUUUUGCAAGCUUAGUUCUGCGUUAUACCCAAUGGCUCUUCAUCUAUGUAACCAUUUUCCGUUCGAUUCAACAAGAUAUAAACUGCAUCUAGAGUAACAAGCCCUCACGGGCGCUUUCGUCAUCUUCAUUAUGGUCAAAAAUGAGAAGCUCCACUUUCAAA